ACCUACCUAACCUAACCUAACCUGCCUUAGGUGCCUACAGGCACCUAACCCAUAGCCCGUCGGCGGGGUUGCUCACUAUACUUCCUCUGUAACGCACCUGAGACCCAACCAACCGUCACCUCCCCCCACCACAUCCCUCGUCCACAGCUUUUCCCCAGCCGCUACACGCGAGGCUACCUUUUGUUCCUCUCUUCCUCGCACCAUCAACUCCAACCCCCCGAUCGCAUACCCAUUCCUCGCCCGCUCCUCGCUCAUUCUUCAUACAGCAAGACGAUUCACCGUCACAUCUGAGCAUACGGUAGCGGCGAGCACACAGACUACGCAGAAUAUGAGCGCCAAAGUCCCACGAAAUUUCCGCCUCUUGGAGGAAUUGGAGAAGGGCGAGAAAGGCCUAGGAGCUGAGGCUUGUUCGUAUGGCUUGGACAAUCCAGAAGAUCUCUUGAUGUCGGACUGGAACGGUACCAUCCUAGGACCCCCCCAUAGCAUGCAUGAGAACCGAAUCUACUCCGUCAAAAUGCAUUGUGGUAAUCAGUACCCCGACAAGCCGCCGACCAUCCGGUUUGUUAGCCAAGUCAACCUGCCCUGCGUCAACCCGCGAAACGGAACGGUGGACCCGAGCCAACUACCGUGCCUGGCCAACUGGAAGAGAGAGAAUACGAUGGAGACCAUCUUGAUCGAACUCCGGAGGUAUAUGGCAUCGAGCCAGUGCAAGAAGCUGCCGCAGCCCCCUGAGGGGUCUGUCUAUCCCAAUUAGUAGGCUUGCGGCGGGCGUAGCAUCUCAGGGCGGGGACCCCUAAAACGCCAUUCCGUACAUCUUUUCAGGUGGAGAAGAGAGGCCAGGUGGGAUGGAUACGACGGAUCAUAGGUACAUUUCGUUUUCUUAGCACAUAGGCAUUUGGCAUCGGCGCGGAAGGUCAUUCAAUCAUCCGGGAACAAUUAGGAUCAGGACCAGGGACAAUAGGCGCCAACGGUGAGGGGAGCUGGGAGGACAGGUAUUGCCUAGAGUCCGUAUUCCUCAAUCUAGCCUAACCAACCACAAGGCACUUGGUCCCUGGACUUCGGCCCAACCCUCCUAGCAGAAUCCCAUAGCCUAUCCAGCAAGGCAGCAAUCUGCACACAGAGGAAUACGGUGAGCGUAGAUAUUGGCGAUCCGGAACAUGUACGGAGGAUGCAACGGGUAGAGAGCUGAUGUAGGUAAGUAGGUAGAAUAGAAGACGGCUAGUUACCGGGAACACAUGAUCUGCAACGGGGUAACGUCAUAAAAAGUUUGGGGUGCUACUGUUACAUGCACGCACGUGAUAACGUGUGGGUGACUAAGAAGGUGGCAUAUUAUGUCAUCCAAC